AUGCCGCUCAAUAUGACCGAACAGAUGUGCCUUAAUGUUGAUGUCAAUGGUGCGUCAAAUGUCCCACCACCAAAGCAAAUCGACUUCUCAUCGCAAACAAUUCCGGAGCUGAUUUACACCCGGGCGAAAAGCGAUCGGGUGGCGGCUGUUUUUGACGCUGAAAAAGUCUCAUACACGUUUGCAAAGGUGGCCAAUGGAGAUGCUCGCGCUGGACUUCUCUCGACUGGAUUGACCCCUGGCGACCGUAUCCUCAUCUGUGGAAGCAAUCAUUCGCAGGGCGAUUUCAAAGCAGUGAUCUGCUUCCGUGCAAAUGAGGCUCAGGAUUAUCUUUAUUCGCUUCUCAAGAAUAUUUGUCCGGAAGUGACGAGGUCUCACAAAGGUCAGCUGAAGAAGUGCAAUCUUGCCGAACCUCACUCAUGUCAUCUUGCUGAAGAGGAUCACCGCCAC